UUCUGUGACUCUAUGAUUCAUGGAGCUCCUGCCAAAGGGAUCCCUGGAGCUCAUCCUCAAGGAAUGGGGAAACUGAGGCAGGCCCUGGCUGCUCACUCCCCCGUGAGCUCAGAGCUUUAGGGCAUGUCCGGCAGUGAAGGGGUGUGGGUGGCUCGGACUAAGGAAAUGGGAGAGACCUGGCUGGACUCCCACUCUCCUCCUCCUGCAGCCCCACCUCCCCCCUGCUUAACUCCCUGCCAGGCCAGCCGUGGGGCCACCAAUCCAGUCCCCAUCCCCACGAUGCUCCGGUUACUGCUGCUCUGCGGGGCCCUGGGCUGUGGGGCAGACCAGGCAGCCCCACUCACCUUCACCAUGCUGCAGCAGACCCUGGUCUCCAAAGGCAACUCUGAAUUCUGGGGGAACGCCAGCCUGGACGGGCAGCUCAGCCAUCUCCUGGAAGGGCUCAAUGUCACCCAGGUGCUGCCUCUGGAGCCCCCGGACGCCUGGGCCAGGCGGCAGCAGGAUGUGACCACCUACCUGAACUACUUCAGCCAGCUGGUGAAGCUCUUCAGCAAGGAGAGGCCUAUCAACUACACCCAGAGCCUGUGCUGCCGCCUCGGCUGCAGUCUCUUCCCCAAUGGCACAGCCCAAAGCUUCUACGAGGUGACGCUCAACGGGACAGCUUUCCUGAGCUUUCACGUCCCCAACGCCACUUGGGAGCGGCGCUGGCCCGGCAGAGACGCGGUGGCCACCUUUGCUGAGAGGGAGCUGAUGAAGUACCCCAAAACCACGCAGGACCUCCAGCAUUUCCUCAACACCACCUGUGUGGGCCUCUUACAAGCUCAGAGCGCUGGGACAGGUAAACAGAACAGCCGGUCACACGCCCCGCUGGUGCUGGGCCUGAUCCUGGGGACCUUCUCCUUGCUAGGCAUGGCCAUAGGGAUCUUCCUGUGCACAGGAGGGAGCUGCUAGCGGAGCCAAUGGUACCACAUCACCCUGCGGAGGCAGGGAACGGA